CUGGUCGAAGCAGUUGAUCGAGUACGACCGGGAGCAGGCAGCAAAGAAGGCAGCAGAGGAGAGCCAGAAGAGCUCCUAGAAUCCCCCGCCCUACAGAGCAUCUGGGGAAACUGUACAUAUAUCUCGUUAGAGUUGGAAUGGACGAGUCUUGAACACACCGGAACAAAAUUUUGGUUAUCGUGCAACUCUUGAAGGAUGGGACUCAAGAUGUCUCCGCUGGGAGAUGCGGGUAUUGCUUUACCUCUGACACUUUUCUCCACACGUCCUUCAAGAAAUAGACGGAAGUAUCUCGGCGCCCGGCACCUGUUCUGCUCAAGUCCGGGCAAUAAUCAUAUGACACCUAGGAAUCUUGACCUUUCCUUGAAGCGGCAGCUCGCGAUCCGACUCCCCGCUGGCGCUUCCUAUGCGACAGGAGACUGCCUCGACGUCCUGCCUAUGAACCCAGGCGACACGGGAGUACGGGGGCCCUGUGCCGUUUCGACUCUCAUGGGAUGCUGUAUUGUUCAUUACGAAGAGAGCCCUGUUGCCGAAGGACCGGUCGGCGUCAGCGUCAGCGUGGGGCGUGUCGAGCUCCCACGUCGAACUGGCGCAGCCCGCAAGAAGGAAAUGCGCCGGCUCUGACCGUGGCAACACGAGACCUCGAGGCAAGGAAGGAGUUGGAGAGCCUUUCUGGCGAUGCCUCCAGGCCGAAAUUAUGAAGAAACGUGUUUCAGUCCUCGAUGUACUAGAGAAGUUUUCUUGAAAGAUUGCCUCCGAUGCGCAUAAGUCGAUAGUAUGUUCCCAAGUCUUUGGCUUACAUGUUUACCUUGGCUUUCUUAACCAUAUCCCCUGUUUCUUUGAGACGCCCGUUUUCCCGGCCUCUUU